AUGGAACCCUCUACUAAUGCCCCCCCUUCCCAAACAACACCCGCUGCCCAAGCUGGACCUGUUGUCCAAGCUGAACCUGUUCCCACUCCAACAAAUGCUGAGGCACUUCCACCUAGACCUAGUGAUAAAACCAAAGUGAGUGAGAUAGCUGUUGAUUGUGGUAAUAAUAGGAAGAAGUCUACUGCUUGGGAUCAUUUUGAAAAAAUAAAAAUCAGUGAGGGUCAAUUUAAGGCUGUCUGCCAUUAUUGCCAAAAAACUUACCAUGCUAAUAGUAAGGGUCAUGGUACUACAAAUUUAUUGAAUCAUACACCAAAUUGUGUUAAGAACCCUAAUAGAGCUUCACUUAAAGGGCAACAAACCUUAGCAUUUGAACCCAAAAUGAAUGGGGAGGAAGGGUUUAAGCUUGUACCAACAGCCUUUACUGUUGAGGCUUCUAGGAAGGCACUCGCAGAAAUGAUUAUAAUAGACAAGUUGCCUUUUAGGUUUGUUGAAGGGUAUGGGUUUCAAAAAUAUUCAACAACCUUACAACCUAAGUUGCAAAUUAGGGAUAUCCCAUCUCGUCAAACUGUGGCUAGAGAUGUGAUUAGCAUUUAUGGUGUUGAGAGAGAGAAACUAAGGGAAGCCUUGAAAGGUCGUAGGGUGUGCCUUACUACGGACACAUGGACUAGUAUUCAAAAUCUGAAUUAUAUGUCCCUCACAGGUCAUUUUAUUGAUGAUGAUUGGAACUUGCAUAAAAGAAUUUUGAAUUUUUGUCUAGUGGAAGACCAUAGGGGAGAGACUAUAGGUAGAAAGAUUGAGAUGUGUCUCCGUGAAUGGGGUGUUGAUGGCAUAUUCACCUUGACAGUGGAUAAUGCUUCCUCUAAUGGUGCUACCAUUAAAUUUUUACGAACAAUAACUAAAGAUUGGAAGGGGACUAUUUUAGAACAUGAGUUCUUGCACAUGAGGUGUUGUGCACAUAUCUUAAAUUUGAUUGUGGGAGAUGGUAUGAAAGAAAUUAAUGUGUCCAUUGCUAGGGUGCGUGAAGCAGUGAGGUAUGUGAAGUCCUCACCAAAUAGAAAUCAGACUUUUAGGAGUAUUAUGGAGAGAUUAGGUAUUGAAUCCAAAUGUUUACUAAGUCUUGAUGUACCAACUAGGUGGAACUCUACCUAUCUCAUGUUAAAUACUGCUGAAAAAUUUGAGAAAGUGUUCCUAAGAAUGGACUUUGAGGAUGAUAGCUAUUCUUCAUACUUUUUGAACAAGGAAAAUAGUGGUGGUUUGGGAUCUCCUUGUGGGGUUGAUUUUCAAAAUUGUAGAACAUUUGUGGGUUUCUUGAAACUUUUUUACAAUGCAACUAAAAAGUUCUCCGGUUCUUUGUAUGUGACUUCAAAUACCUUCUUUGAUGAGAUGUUUGUGAUUCAAGAAAAUAUUUCUCAUUUAAUUAAAUCUCAAAAUCAUCUCUUGAAAAACAUGGCAACUAAAAUGGAAGCUAAGUUUGAAAAGUACUGGGGGAAAGGGGAUAAAAAUUAA